AUGUCUUCAUCACUGGCCGCUGGGAGCAUGAAAUCAGCAAGCCUCUCUUCACUGACCAGGCUCACCCUACUCUGCCUUGGCAUUUUCCUCAUCGGCACCUACACCACGCAACACAUCAUGGCUCUCUGGUCCAAGACUGGCCCCAUCCUGGGCGCCCUCGCAGUUGUCGGUUCAACCGUGUCAGCACAGUCCAUGGAUGUGAGCUGGCAUGCGCCAGCCAAGUCCCAGGUCAAUGCCAACUUCACCGAGGUGCUCAACGGUGAGGGCAAGUGGGGGUUCAUCUAUGAUACCUCGGAGACGCCAAUCGACAAGUACGGCACGUACAACUGGUGCAACAUGCCCCACGUGCGCAAGACGGAAUAUGUCAGGCCGUCGGAUGACUUUGAACUGAAAUAUGUUGAGCUGGUGAGCCAAGUCCUGGGACUUCUCUACUUGACCAAACGACUAAUUCUGUGCCAGAUCCACCGUCACCACAAACGCACGCCGUACUCCUCCAACGCCUUCCCCGUCGAGUCCUACCAGUGGAACUGCGAUGAGCAGGGCCUCUUCUACUUUGGAGAGCGUCUGGACGGCAGCAACUCCGCAGCCAAGACGUACUGGAAAGUGUACAUCUCGCCCGUCAACCCCUUCGUCCCUGCCGGCUGGAUCGGAACCUGCCAAUUCCCCCAAAUCACGGCUCAGGGCCUCGACGACUCGUAUGUCCACGGCGUCGAUCUCUUCGGCGUUUAUCACGAUCUUCUGGGGUUCCUGCCCAGUCGCAAUGACCCCUCGUGGCACGAGAAGGUCCAGUACCGCGUGACCAACAACCAGAUCACGAGCCAAGUUGCCGGCCUUCUGAUCAAGGGCAUGUAUGACACGACAUCGCCGCAGGGCCUCAACAUCCAGGCGUCGGGCGUCGACUCCCUUGAACCUCAGUACAGCUGCCCUGCCGGCUCGUCCCUCUUCAGCCGCAUCAAAUCCGGCAGCAACCCGGCCUGGGCGAACCACCUCCGCGCCGCGGCCCCGCUCUACUCGGCUCUCGACACCAUCUCUGGCGUGCCCGCCUCCAACGCCGGUUUCCACAACUCCUUCGACCCCUACUACGACAACCUCUCGGCCCGCCAGUGCCACGACAAGCCCCUGCCCUGCAAGCUCGUCAACGGCCGCAACGACACGUCGGCCUGCAUCAGCCAGACCCAGGCCGAUACCGUCUUCCGCAUCGGCCACUGGGAGUACUCCCAGAUCUACCGCGACAGCCCCGACUCGCUCGCCGCCAGCGCCGCGACCUACGGCGUAUGGGCCGCCGAGCUGGCGGGGCACCUGCGCGCCGCCGCCGCCGGUGACGGCGCCGCCAACGCCCCGAUCUACAGGCACAACGUCGCCCACGACGGCUCCGUCUCGCGCCUGCUGUCGCUGCUGCAGGUCGACCACAUGGUCUGGCCCGGCAUGGGCGCCGAGGUCGUCUUCGAGCUGUACCAGAAGAAGACGAAGAAGCAGGGCGGUACCGCCUCGUCACAGCCGGCACCGACCGUCGUCGCGCCCGGCUGCAGCAGGAACAACUGCCUGCGCCAGAUGAUCCGCGAGUCGGCCUCGGCCUCAGCCUUUUGCCCUGGCUUCACGGCCCAGGAGACGGCGACGGCGUCGCCGCUGCCGGCUUGGAUCGCCAACUGCAAGGGGGACGCGGCCGCUGUCAAGUCGGCGUGCGCGUGCGUCGUCACGCAGACGGCGACGGUCACCACGACGCCCACGGCUGCGCCGACCGGUGCGGCGGGCAGCGAGAGCGGGUGGUAUGUGCGCGUGCUGUUUGGCGGACAGGUGUUCAAGUCGUCGAGCCCGACGCUCGGCACCAUUGACAUGAUCCCCGUGGAGACGCUGCUGGGAUAUAUUGACGGCCUCGUUGGCAAGGAUGCCAGUCUUGUCAGGGGCAAGUGUACCGCAUAA